UUUGAAUCAACUUUGGUGUAUAUAUAUAAACAAGAGAGAGCUAGCAGUGCAAGCUUUCAACAUCCAAAACAACAGAGAGUUUUUGGCUUUAGAAGCUGAAGGAAUAUAGUUAUCACAAUGGGGAGAGCUCCAUGCUGUGAGAAAAUGGGGUUGAAGAGAGGGCCAUGGACUCCAGAAGAAGAUCAAAUUCUCAUCAAUUACAUCAACACUUAUGGCCAUGCUAAUUGGCGUGCACUGCCCAAACUAGCUGGGCUAUUAAGGUGUGGAAAGAGUUGUAGACUCCGGUGGAUAAAUUAUCUGAGACCGGACAUCAAACGGGGCAACUUUACCAGAGAAGAAGAGGACACUAUAAUCAGUUUGCAUGAAAUGUUGGGAAACAGAUGGUCGGCUAUUGCGGCAAGGUUGUCAGGGAGAACAGACAACGAGAUAAAAAACGUGUGGCACACCCACUUGAAGAAGAGGCUGCCACAAAAUUACCAACAAAGCCAUCACACUAAAAAACGAAGCAAAAAACAACCACCAAAGUUGGAUGCGGACGCCUCCAAAUCCAACCAAGACGCCAAACUAGAACAACAAGACCCCGUUAAUAUUCAUGGAUCGAACUCUGAGGACAUGAUGAUGCCACUAUCUCCUCCUCAUUGUUCUAGCGACAUGUCCUCCUCCCUCACCACCAGUGACAACAAUAGUAACGUUAAUAUUAUUAAUAAUAAUCAUGAUAUGUCCUUAAAUGUUAAUGAUUAUGAUAUUGACACCCCAGAGAAUAAUCUUGCAUUGGACGAGGAUUUCUGGUCGGAAGUUUUGUCAUCUGAUAAUUCCGGCGUGACAAGCGGAUUUCCGACCCUUGACUAUGAUCAGUUUCAACCAAUGUCUCCUCUAGUGACAGAAGAAGGGGUCCUUAUAGAUUGUUCGUCGAGUACGUGCGACGAUGGCAUGGAUUUUUGGUGCAAUGUUUACUCGAGAGCUGAGGAAUUUACCCAGUUACUGGAAUUGUGAUGUUAGCUAUUGUUGUUGUUCUUAAAUAGAGACCAAGUCCUUCAUUCAACAUGUCGUUGUUCUUCUGUUGUUUGGACUUGAAUUAAUUCCCUUGUUAGAAAUUAAUAAAUCGUGUACAUUGAUGAUUGUUACUGGACGUCAUUAUGUUUUUACCAAAAGCGUCAUUUGUAGCAAAACAUUGUUCCAUAAUCCUCAUGAGUGUUGAAAUAA